AUGUCGACAAGCCCUUCCUCAUCCGCGGUGGUCCCCACCAAGCGAAAACAUCGGCCGGGACUGCAACGGAUCCAAAUCGCAUGCGAAAGAUGCCGUCUCAGGAAGAACAAGCGCCAACAACCACGUGGUCACAUCGAGGAGUUAGAAGCAGAGAUCACAAAUCUCAAAGAACGUGUCCGCCAACUGGAAUUAGAUAUCUCGGUUCGAGACUCUGAAUUGGCAUCACUGAAGCAGAAUACUGGCACGCCUCCUGCUUCUACUGCCGGAAUCCCAGCCGCCAAUUCUGCCACCCCAUGUCUUCUUUCGGACUCGGAUCAUGACCGAGUGCGACGAGAGGGACCAGUCACUCAAAACAGGUCGAGCUGCACAUCUCCACUCUUGGCGCAGGUUUUGCUCUCACAAGCUGCAGCUUCGCAGGAGAUUCCCACCACCCCAGGAGGUCCGGGUGCGGGGGGAAGUUAUAGUGGAACAGCUGGAGCCACGGAGACGACUGUCAAACUCAGUGUUUCCUCAUCACUGCCCCCACAAGACACGGCCAAACAGCUCCAAGAAGCCUACUUUACUCUUAGAUGGCCAGCAUUACCAGUACUUCAUCAGCCCACCUUCGUGAAGCAGCAUUACACCAACGUAACUCAACUUGGUAAUUCUGCGAGCCAUGUAUCUAUUUUCCUGACGUUCAUGGUCUUCGCACUGGGUUCCAUUGACACCAAAGCGCAAGAGCUCACCUUUCCAGACGCCCAUCUUGACUUUUUCGAUGUGGCCAUGCAACAUAUGUCCGGCUUGAUUCAUGCAAAUAGCCUAGAGACGGUCCAAGGGUUGUUACUAAUGACCGUGUUCGCUGUGAAUGAACGGCGGAGAAUCAAUUCUUGGCACGGCAUUGGGCUUGCCGUGCGGACGGCAAUCGACCUGGGAUUACAUAGGGCUUCUACGUCGUCCUCAUCAGAUGUUAUGAUGAUGGAGAUGCAGAGACGGGUCUUCUGGUCAGUAUAUGCGCUGGAUCGCAAUGUCUCCAUAUCGCUGGGCAGACCUUGCUCCAUAAGCGAUGCAGAUUUCGACGUGCCCCUUCCUAGAUGUCAUUCUGAUGAGGACCUGGAGACCAUAUGCUUCAGCGCGACACCACUUGAAGACCAGCCUAGGAAUCCCCGAGACCUGUCUACAUUUCUGCACACAGUCGAACUCCGGCAGAUCCAGUCCAAGAUACAAAGAACACUUUACCCUGUGAAGAUGGCCAAUGCCAUAGACACCGUCCUCCUGGAGCAGGAGCGAUAUUCUCUACGACUUGCACUCGAUGACUGGAUCGCAAGAGCCCCGCGCUACUCCAAACCAACACAAGCAACGUUUCAGUCGCCCGACUGGUUCCAGAUUGCUUAUUCGCAUGGCCUACUCCUGCUGUAUAGGCCAUCACCAGCCUGCCCAAUAAUCAGCUUGGAGUCUUUACAGAUCUGUGCAGAUUCUGCCAUAAGCCUGAUCAGUUCAUACUCCUCACUUUACGCCAAAAACAAAAUCACAUAUACCUGGAUUGCCCUGCAGUCCCUGUUCAUGGCAAGUGUGACCAUGCUAUAUACCCUGUGGGUCAGCCCUGAAAUCCGCAAAAGUACGAGAAAGGUGGUGGUUCAAUCAAAUGUCAGGUCCUGUCUAGCUUUAUUCGAUGCCAUGGAGGACCACUGGCCAUUAGCACAAAAGUUUUACAGUAUCAUCGACCGCCUGGGACAAGCCGCCGUGGGCCUAUUCGACCCCAACAAUGACGCUCCCUCUCCCCUUUCUUCUAAUCUAAACAACGCGGCUCACUUUCACCAGAUCGACGCGGAAUACAUGGAGUGGUUCGGUACUCGUCACGCUUCACAGCUGCAGGUGCCGUCGCUGGAAGCGUGCCCCGCCGGCGUCGACGGAAUGAACGCAGCAAUAGAGACUGUCCUCUCAGAUCCGGAUCUGGCGGCAACCUCAUUCAACCAGACAGAUCUCUUGCCCGACUGGGGCGACUGGUUUCGCGUCGGAUUUGACAUGACGAUUCCGUUGAUGACGAAUGCAUUUAGUGGCCGGCCGGUUUGA